AUGAAACGCAUUUGUGUCGAGCCGUUUCUAUCGGCAGAGGACGAUGAAAUGCUGGAAUUCUUGGCAGGGCUGGCGCAAAACGCCACGUCACCACUCGAUCCGCCCGAAUUGUGGGGACCGUACAGACGGCUGCACGGCAGUGCUCAGACAGUCGAGUGGUUGGAGAAACGGUACAAAAUAGUAAAAUAAGGGCAUGACUUCAUGUUUAAAAAAAACCGCGUGAAAUUUGCUUGUUUUUAUUUCUUAUUUCACCCAAAAAAAAGCGAGAAUGUUCCAGAUUCCGCGCCAACUUGGCUCCGUUCAUCCACCUGCUCAGCCGCUUCGACACCGACACCAAACUGCGAAUGCUGUUCGUCUCGAGAACUCGGUUCAAAGAGGAUUUCAUGGAGACGCUGAAAGCGGAGGCCGACGUGGAGAUGGACGGAGAAGAGUGCAUUGUGAGGUUGAGGGAAUCCGGUGAGGUCCUCCAGGCGAUCGAACCGAGAAGACCACACUUUACCGGGGAGGACAUGGACAUUUUGCACUUUCUGGCGAGAAAAGCGCGAGAAACGAACGAGCCGAUAUGUAUGGAUGCGUUGUGGACGGAGUACAUGGAGAGCGGAAGGACGAGCCGAUCGGUGGAGAAUAUCAAACAACAGUAAUGCGAAUCGGAAGGGCCUGGAUCUUUGACCCACUUGAAAUUUUCCAAUCGGACCCAAACUUGGCAGGAUUCUUAGACUUGGAUUGUAGUAUUUUGGGUCCAAGUUUCAGCCCGAUCGGAUUAGUGCAAGUGGGUCAAAAGUUCAGACCUAGGCCUGAUUACUGUGCAAUUCGAGAGCGUUUCCCAGUUUCCAUUUUCCAGUUUCCGCGCUCAUCUCGCUCCUGGAAUUCCCGAAAUGUCCGAAUUCGACCUGGAGACGAAAGUCCGAAUGCUCUUCGUAUCGCACUCCCCGAUCGACGAGCACUUUCUGACGCGGCUCCGCGAGCAGGCGGCAGUGAAAGUGUCGACGCGCGGCGGAAUUCAGAUUUACAAAGAGCACCGGGAGGGCGGGCUCGAGUUGUGCAAGAUGCCGCCGAAACGGACGGAAGAGGAGGAGGUGGAGGAGUCGAAGGAGAAGGAGAAGACGGAGCCGAAGCGGAGGAAACGGGGCAAGAAGCGGAGGGAAUCGGAGAAGGGCGGAGAAGAUGAAGUUCUGACUUUCGAUCUUCCCGUCGACGCCAGCUACGAAGCCCUCCUCAACUACAUCGAUCCGAAUGCGUUUGAGCAGUUUUUUGUGGAUCAGCUCGAGGACGAACCGCUCAACUUCUUCUUUCCUCGCUAA